AUGGAGCUUAUUCAGAAUGCCGAAGACAAUGAGUAUGUGCCCGGCGUUAGGCCGACGUUGGAGUUCGUGUUCACAACCACUGAUGUUACCGGCACCGGCUCUCCGGCGACUCUGCUGGUAUUCAACAAUGAGGUGGGUUUUACAAAAGCAAACAUUGACUCCCUCUGCAGUAUUGGUCAAUCCACUAAGAAAAACAAGAGACGCCAAGGCUUCAUCGGAGAGAAAGGAGAAAUUGGAUCGCCUUAUGACUCUUAUGUGUGUGCAAGAGUUGCAUUCUCUUUUCCUUUUUUCCUUGGUUGGGCCAGAGGUGAUGGGUUGAUGCCUUUUCAAUUUUCACAUUUCCUGCACAUAAUAAGCCUACGCCAAGUUAGUGGUGCUGCCUUGAUGCCACCAUUUGCUGCCUAUUUUGACAGUCUUGUAUCUGGAAUCGGGUUCAAGAGUGUGUUUCUUGUCAGUAAACAGACAUAUAUAUUUAGUAAUGGCUACCAAAUCAGGUUCAAUGAAGUUCCUAAUGAAGACUGUGGUAUUGGGCAUUCGGGUCUUGCGGGCUCCUGCCUACUACCACCAUCAUUCUUCCCUUAA